GCGCCAGCGCUGGGCUGAGCUGAGGGCAGACGGCACCAGUUCCGAGCGUUAGUCAGGGCCAUUGAGCCCCGUGGGUAGUUCGGUAGCUGGAAUGAACAAUUCCCACAGCUGACAGGUCCCUGGACUGGCACGGAAUCUUAAUCGGCUGCACCUCUGGGGCAUCCAGGGCCAUCCAGCUGCCACCUUUGGCAGCGGUUUUUGUCCCUUGUCUCUGGCGCACAGGAGGCGCGGUGGCUCAGCAGGGCUGCGGGAGGUGUCCAGAGCACUGGGAUGGUCUGGAUUAGUGCAGUCGCUGUGAUCUCAUUGGGGAACCCAGACGGGGGGUACCAGGGCCAAGGAGAGAAGAGACUUCCAUUCUCAGUCCCUGGCGGGAGGAUUGGCCGGGCCCCUCCACAUUCUAGCAGAGGGGCGGCAUGGAGGACACACGAGUCUGCUCCAUCAGCUGCUGACUGGUGCUUCCGAAGAAUUCAGCUUCCACCCAUAAUGCUGCAUCUCAGCCUGUGCAGAGCUGCGGCCAGCGAAGGUACGAACUUCACCGCACAUCCCCUCGCCAGCUGUCAGCCGCCUCGCACGGAUUCCAGCCGCGUGGAGGCAGAAGCCCUCGAGAAGGAGCUGCUGGAAGAUUACAGGUUUGGUCGGCAGCAGCUGAUUGAGAUCUGGGGACACGCCAGCGCCAUGGCCGUGACCAAGGUGUUCCCUCUGCCAUCCCUCCCAAGGAAGCAGCCCACAGUGCUUGUGGUGUGUGGGCCCGAUCAGAACGGUGCCAUCGGCUUGGUGUGCGCACGGCAUUUGCGGGUGUUUGAAUACGAGCCGACCAUCUUUUACCCCAAGCGCUCCCCGAAUUCCCUGUAUCGGGAUUUCACCACCCAGUGCGAAAAGAUGGACAUCCCCUUCCUCUCGUACCUGCCGACGGAGGUCCAGCUGAUCAAUGACGCCUACAACCUGGUGAUCGACGCCAUCCUGGGAGCUGACGCCGAGCCGGGGGAGGUGAAGGAGCCGUACACCAGCAUCUUAGCCACCCUGAAACAGAUCCGGAUCCCCAUCGUCAGCCUGGAUGUGCCCUCAGGGUGGGACGUGGAGACGGGAAACAGCGAGGGAAUCAGCCCUGACGUCCUCGUCUCCUUGGCCGCGCCCAAGCAGUGCGCCACCCGCUUCCAGGGCAGGCACCACUUCCUCGCCGGCCGCUUCCUGCCCUAUGACGUGCAGAAGAAAUUUGAGCUCAACCUGCCCGAAUACCCAGGCACAGAGAAUCCUUUGUAAACAGGAGCCUGCUCUGCAGCCAGCCAGUUGGCAGGUCGCUGCUGCUGCCGCCGCCGGCCAUGGAAAGAGCAGAGAGAGGCAAAGCCGGUGGCACAAGAGGAAGGAUCAGGGAGCGAUUUCCUCCAGCAGCAGUUAGUCCGGCUCUCGCCCUGCGGGCCUCGGCCACUGGCCCAUGUGGGGGUUGAGGAGCACAGCAGUCAGCGGCUGCUCUUGUCGGGGAUCUGUCUGCAUGUGGAAAGGGAAGGAAAUGACCUCCCUCUGCACUUGCUGUAACUGCCCAGCGGCCCCUCAGCCAGAGAACAGGGCUCUCCUGGGGUCGCUGGCUGCCGUGCUGUGGACAGGGGGCCUAGAAGAUUUCUGUGCUGCUCUUCCCAAGCUGCCAGGAGCUCGAGGUCGCUGAGCUGCCCACCCGGGAGGCCUUGGAGCCGGUGGAAUGGCUGGGACAGCCAUCGCCCAAGGGGUAACCACCGAGGAAAGCGGAGCUGAGGCCGUGGGUUCACGGGGUGCUCAGCACUGCCCUGCUUAGCAGGUGUCCUCCAGCACUGGCUGAGUGCAGCGGUGGGCGGUCCAGCACAUGUCACCAGCCGAGGAUUCCCCUAGAGGGAACAGGGACCAUGGCCACCCGGCUAACUACCGCAGACAACACUGAUUUGGGUGGCUCCCCAGUGAACCCUGUUCCUAGCCUGGCUGCUUUGCCAUGCGGGGAGAAACCUGCAUUUUUCUGCAGAUCAGUGAAAUCUCCAGGGGCCAGAUGCCAACCCCCCCCCACCCCCCCGCAUCGUCGUCCACUUGUUCUGAGCCAAAGCUCUUUGUAGCCUCUCCGUUUGCAGCAGCUCCCGGUUUCCAGGGGCAGCGAAACGAAAAAGCGGCACUUAGGUGGCAGCGUUCCCCGUCCGCGUGCAGACUGCCCCGGGCACUGGCCUGGCGAGUGCGUUCUCGGCAGAGUAGAGGUGGGUGAAACCGAUUUUACCACCAGUGCUUAGUACCUGUGAGCAGCCCUGCCGCCCUCCCGGUGCAGUUCGCGAGGCCCAGCGAGAGAGGAGGACUUGCUGCUGUUUACACAGCGCACGCUGCAUCCCAGCUCAGCUCGUCGGGGGGCUGGAUUGUGUUCGACGCUCUCGCCCGGCUAAUGGGCGUUGUUGCUGAGUGAGUGCCCGGCUCGGCGGUGGGGCGCCCCACAGCUUACUGCACAGUCCAGGGGGCUGCGCAGCCGCCCCAGAUCCGGCCCGACACGCUGCCUUGGUGCCAGCAGAUAACGGCAGGACCUGCCCCCUAUAGCAUUUAAGGUGGGGCCUGGGGUGAGUGACACAUGGCCUGAUUCUGCACUAGGGCAGCUAAGGGGAGUUUUGUCCUUGACCUCAAUGGAAGCAAGAUCAAGCCCAGAGCCUCCCUACAGCUUCGUUCUCCCCAGGCACGAGGCAAGCGACUUGCUUCAGUGGCUCCACCGGCCCACAGCUCUGGCCUGGUUAGGCCCCCUUCUUCCCCCAGCCCAGGAUGCUCUGGCCUCUCCCCCCGUGGACUCGCGUUUUUCUGAUCAAGGCCCUGUCGUGCUGUCUGGACGCUGAUUCUCCAGCUCCUGCCUUUACCGCCCCUGACCUGAGCACGCCAUUAGCCACAGGCAGGAGGCCCAUGACCUGCUGUGCUCUGCGACCCUGCCAUGCUGCCGAGGCCACGCGGGGUCACCUGCCGGCUGGGACGGGCGAGCCAGGGGAAUCGGGUGUGUGUGUAGCUAGCCAUGUACUAUCUGAAUGAGGAUUAUCCAUGUCAGCGACGGCAGCGUCCGCCCCACAGGGGGACCUGAACGGACUAGAGACUCAGGGCCAGGCGUGGUGUGGCAGAGCACAGCGGGACAGGUUGGUCCCUUGGGAUUGGCGCCUGCGUGUGUUGAACGUUUCUGUGUCUGUGGGCUCCUGGAGCUUCGUUGUUUGCGCGCGAACAGAAAGCCAGGGGGGGAGCGCUGCUAAUAAAGAUGGGCUUGGAACCGA